UGGGCCUUUUUUUUCCCCUUUAAGAGGCGGCGCUGGAGCCGGAGCCAUUUUCCCUUCAGCGGCGUCGAGAAAUAAGAAGCCGGGGCGCCCUGAGUCGGCACGUUGCUGGCAUUAGCAGCAAGGAGGUGCCAAGAUAGCAAGAGCUGCUUGAGGCCCAGGAUUGCCCUCUGAAUCAGAGGACAUGGCGUCGGGCAUGGGAUCCCCAUCGCCAUGCUCAGCUGGCAGCGAUGAGGAGGAGAUGGAGAUCCUGCUGAACAACAGCAUCCACCAACACCAAGAGCCUGAAGAAGAGCCAGAGGAAGAGCUGUUAUCAGAGGCAGAGAUACCAAAAAUCAAGAAGAAGAAGAAGCCCAAGAAGCUGAAGGAACCUAAAGUACCCAAGCUUAGUAAGCGCCAGAAAAAAGAGCUUGGAGACAGCUCUGGCGAAGGAAAUGAGUUUGUGGAGGAGGAAGAGGAGGUGCUGCUGCGCUCAGACAGUGAGGGAAGUGACUAUACCCCCGGUAAAAAGAAGAAGAAGAAACUUGGGCCUAAGAAGGAGAAGAAGAGCAAAGCCAAGCGCAAGGAGGAGGAGGAGGAGGAGGAUGAAGAUGAUGACUCCAAGGAACCUAAGUCUUCUGCCCAGCUUCUAGAGGACUGGGGCAUGGAGGAUAUUGAUCAUGUCUUCACAGAGGAGGAUUAUCGCACUCUUACCAAUUACAAGGCUUUUAGCCAGUUUGUCAGGCCGCUUAUCGCUGCCAAGAAUCCAAAAAUUGCUGUCUCAAAAAUGAUGAUGGUACUGGGGGCUAAGUGGAGAGAGUUCAGCACAAACAACCCCUUCAAGGGGAGCUCUGGGGCAUCAGUGGCAGCGGCUGCAGCUGCUGCUGUGGCUGUGGUGGAGAGCAUGGUGGCUAACGUGGAUGCAGUUCUUCCUCAGCCUCCAGUUGAAGUCCCACUUCGGAAGGCAAAGACCAAGGAAGGCAAAGGUCCCAAUGCCCGGAAAAAACCCAAGCCCAGUCCUCGUGUUCCUGACAUCAAAAAACCCAAAACCAAGAAGGUGGCACCCUUGAAAAUCAAGCUGGGAGGAUUUGGCUCCAAACGUAAAAGAUCAUCUAGUGAGGAUGAUGACUUGGAUGUUGAGUCAGACUUUGAUGAUGCAAGCAUCAACAGUUACUCUGUGUCAGAUGGCUCUACCAGUCGCAGUAGCCGGAGCCGCAAGAAACUUAAAGCAGGAAAGAGGAAAAAGAAAGGAGAAGAGGAUUCUGCUGCAACUGUUGAUGGCUACGAAACGGACCACCAGGACUACUGUGAGGUGUGCCAACAGGGGGGAGAGAUCAUCCUGUGUGACACUUGCCCUCGUGCCUAUCACAUGGUUUGUCUGGAUCCAGAUAUGGAGAAAGCGCCAGAGGGCAAGUGGAGUUGCCCGCACUGUGAGAAAGAGGGUAUCCAAUGGGAGGCUAAAGAAGAUAACUCUGAGGGUGAAGAGAUCAUGGAGGAUGCUGUGGGGGAUGCAGAGGAGGAGGAUGAUCACCACAUGGAGUUUUGCCGUGUCUGCAAAGAUGGAGGAGAGCUUCUUUGCUGUGAUGCCUGUCCUUCUUCUUACCACAUCCACUGUUUGAAUCCACCUUUGCCAGAGAUUCCCAAUGGAGAAUGGCUUUGCCCACGCUGUACCUGCCCACCUCUGAAGGGUAAGGUGCAGAAGAUCUUGACUUGGAAGUGGGGACAGCCCCCACUACCCACACCGGUGCCCCGACCAGCUGAUGCAGACCCAAAUGCACCUUCUCCUAAGCCUCUGGAGGGAAGACCUGAGCGACAGUUCUUUGUCAAGUGGCAGGGCAUGUCCUACUGGCACUGCUCCUGGGUUUCUGAGCUGCAGCUGGAGCUGCAUUGCCAGGUAAUGUUUCGCAAUUACCAGCGUAAGAAUGAUAUGGAUGAACCUCCUUCAGGAGACUUUGGGGGAGAAGAAGAGAAGAGCCGUAAACGUAAAAACAAGGACCCCAAGUUUGCAGAGAUGGAAGAGCGUUUUUACCGUUAUGGGAUCAAGCCAGAGUGGAUGAUGAUCCAUCGGAUUCUCAACCAUAGUGUGGAUAAGAAAGGGAAUGUUCACUACCUUAUUAAAUGGAGGGAUCUCCCGUAUGACCAGGCUUCUUGGGAGAAUGAGGAGGCAGAAAUACAGGAUUAUGACAUCUACAAGCAAGCAUACUGGAAUCACAGGGAAUUGAUGAGGGGCGAAGAAGGAAGACCUGGAAAAAAGAUAAAGAAGGUGAAGUUGCGGAAACUAGAGAGGCCCCCAGAAACACCAACCGUGGAUCCAACAGUGAAAUAUGAUAGACAGCCUGAUUACUUGGAUGUGACUGGAGGAACCCUGCAUCCUUAUCAGCUGGAAGGCCUGAACUGGCUUCGUUUCUCCUGGGCCCAAGGCACAGACACCAUCCUGGCAGAUGAAAUGGGUCUGGGAAAGACUGUACAGACAGCGGUGUUUCUGUACUCCCUUUACAAAGAGGGGCAUUCUAAAGGACCUUUCUUGGUAAGCGCACCAUUGUCCACUAUCAUCAACUGGGAGAGAGAAUUUGAGAUGUGGGCCCCAGACAUGUAUGUGGUAACUUAUGUCGGUGACAAGGACAGCCGAGCCAUUAUCCGUGAGAAUGAAUUUUCCUUUGAAGAUAACGCUAUCCGUGGGGGAAAGAAGGCCUCCAGGAUGAAGAAAGAGGCAUCUGUGAAAUUCCAUGUGUUGCUCACUUCCUAUGAGUUGAUCACUAUUGAUAUGGCCAUUCUAGGCUCCAUUGACUGGGCCUGCCUUGUAGUGGAUGAAGCACACAGACUAAAGAAUAACCAGUCAAAGUUUUUCCGGGUGCUGAAUGGCUACUCUCUUCAGCAUAAGCUGUUGCUCACCGGGACUCCUCUGCAGAACAAUCUGGAGGAGUUGUUCCACCUGCUUAAUUUCUUGACACCAGAAAGAUUUCACAACCUAGAGGGCUUUCUGGAGGAGUUUGCAGACAUUGCCAAGGAGGAUCAGAUCAAAAAGCUUCAUGAUAUGCUGGGCCCGCACAUGCUGAGGCGCCUCAAGGCUGAUGUCUUCAAGAACAUGCCUUCCAAGACGGAGCUUAUUGUCAGAGUGGAAUUAAGCCCUAUGCAGAAAAAGUACUACAAAUAUAUCCUGACGAGGAACUUUGAGGCACUGAAUGCCCGAGGUGGUGGCAACCAAGUUUCUCUGCUCAAUGUAGUAAUGGAUCUGAAGAAAUGCUGCAACCACCCCUAUCUCUUUCCUGUAGCUGCCAUGGAAGCACCAAAGAUGCCCAAUGGGAUGUAUGAUGGUAGUGCCCUAAUCCGGGCCUCCGGGAAGCUACUUCUGCUCCAGAAGAUGUUGAAAAACCUCAAAGAGGGAGGUCACAGGGUGCUGAUCUUCUCUCAGAUGACUAAAAUGUUGGACCUGUUGGAAGAUUUUCUGGAACACGAAGGAUACAAGUAUGAGAGAAUUGAUGGUGGGAUCACAGGAAAUAUGCGCCAGGAAGCCAUUGAUCGUUUCAAUGCUCCUGGUGCUCCACAGUUCUGUUUUCUACUUUCCACAAGAGCUGGGGGGCUUGGCAUCAACCUUGCCACUGCUGACACUGUGAUAAUCUAUGACUCUGACUGGAAUCCACACAAUGAUAUUCAGGCCUUCAGCCGAGCUCAUAGAAUUGGGCAAAACAAGAAGGUGAUGAUUUACCGCUUUGUCACACGAGCGUCUGUGGAAGAACGGAUCACGCAGGUGGCAAAGAAAAAAAUGAUGCUGACCCAUUUGGUUGUGAGGCCAGGGCUAGGCUCCAAGACUGGUUCUAUGUCUAAACAGGAACUGGAUGACAUCCUCAAGUUUGGUACCGAAGAGCUUUUCAAAGAUGAAGCCACUGAAGGUGGCAAGAAUCUACGUAAUGUGACACAAUGUGAUAUCAAGGAAGGUGAGGACGGCAGUGUCAUCCAUUAUGAUGACAAGGCAAUUGAACGUCUGCUGGACCGGAACCAGGAUGAGACUGAGGAUGCUGAGCUUCAAGGCAUGAAUGAGUACCUGAGCUCCUUCAAGGUGGCCCAGUAUGUGGUGCGUGAAGAGGAAAUGGGGGAAGAAGAGGAGGUUGAACGGGAGAUUAUCAAACAAGAAGAGUCAGUGGAUCCAGACUAUUGGGAAAAGCUGCUUCGUCACCAUUAUGAGCAGCAGCAGGAAGAUCUUGCCAGAAAUCUAGGAAAGGGCAAGCGGAUCCGCAAGCAGGUCAACUACAAUGAUGGCUCACAGGAAGACAGAGACUGGCAGGAUGACCAGUCAGAUAAUCAGUCUGAUUACUCUGUAGCUUCUGAGGAAGGGGAUGAAGAUUUUGAUGAGCGGUCAGAAGCUGCUCGCCGGCCUAGUCGAAAAGGCUUAAGGAAUGACAAAGACAAGCCCUUACCCCCACUUCUCGCUCGUGUAGGAGGCAACAUUGAGGUUCUGGGCUUCAAUGCUCGCCAGCGGAAGGCCUUCCUUAAUGCUAUCAUGCGCUAUGGGAUGCCACCUCAGGAUGCCUUUACUACCCAGUGGCUGGUGCGGGACCUCCGUGGGAAGUCAGAAAAGGAGUUUAAGGCUUACGUCUCUCUCUUCAUGCGUCACUUGUGCGAGCCAGGAGCAGAUGGUGCAGAAACAUUUGCUGAUGGUGUCCCACGUGAGGGCCUGUCUCGACAGCAUGUUCUCACACGAAUAGGGGUCAUGUCUCUUAUACGCAAGAAGGUGCAAGAGUUUGAGCAUGUGAAUGGGCGCUGGAGUAUGCCGGAACUAGCAGAGAUAGAGGAGAACAAGAAGCUUUUGCAGCCCAGCUCACCUUCCCCCAAAACCCCAACUCCCUCUACACCAGGAGACACGCAGCCUAAUACCCCUGCCCCUGUUCCCCCAGUUGAGGAGGUAGUGAAAGUAGAAGAGGGAGCGAGUACCAAGGAUCCAGGGGAGCCCACAGAACCUGAGAAAGAGACCACUCCCACUGCUGCUUCCACUGCUGAAAAUGAAGUCCCAGUUGAGCAGGGUCCCCCGCCAACAGAGACCCACUCACAGGAGGAUAAAUCCCCUGUGAAUGCUGUGGAUACUGAAGAGAAGAAACCAGAAGAACCAGAAGUGAAAGAGGAGCCAAUGGAAACAGAAAGCAAAGCUGAGAUAGAGAAGGUGGAGGAGAAGACUCCUGCAGAGCCAACCACUGAACCUCCAACAAUUAACCUAGACGAGAAGGAAGAGAAGAAAGAAGAUGAAAAGAAGGACGUAGUGAUGCUGCAGAACGGGGAGACACUUAAAGAACCUUCUGAUGAUCGGCACAAGAAAGCCAUGAAACAGCGGUUCAUGUUCAACAUUGCAGAUGGAGGCUUCACUGAGUUGCACUCCCUGUGGCAAAAUGAAGAGCGAGCGGCUACUGUUACCAAGAAGACUUAUGAAAUCUGGCACCGACGCCAUGACUACUGGCUCCUGGCAGGGAUCAUAAACCAUGGUUAUGCUCGCUGGCAAGAUAUCCAGAAUGAUCCUCGUUACGCCAUCCUCAAUGAACCUUUCAAGGGUGAAAUGAACAGGGGCAACUUCCUGGAGAUAAAGAACAAAUUCUUGGCCAGGAGGUUUAAGCUGCUGGAACAGGCACUGGUGAUUGAAGAGCAGCUAAGGAGAGCUGCCUACCUGAACAUGUCAGAAGAUCCAUCCCACCCCUCUAUGGCCCUCAAUACCCGUUUUGCUGAGGUGGAGUGCCUAGCCGAGAGCCAUCAGCAUCUAUCCAAGGAGUCUAUGGCUGGAAACAAACCAGCCAACGCGGUGCUUCACAAAGUGCUGAAGCAGCUGGAGGAGUUGCUGAGCGACAUGAAGGCCGAUGUGACGCGGCUGCCUGCCACAAUUGCCCGCAUUCCUCCAGUGGCUGUGCGUCUCCAGAUGUCGGAGCGCAACAUCCUCAGCCGCUUGGCAAACCGUAGCAGUGAACCUCCUCCACCGCCACCGCCCCAGCAGGUGGCUCAGCAGCAGUGAAAUGCUUGCCCAGUGCUGACAACCCAGUGAUUCGGCUAAAGUGACAUAUACAUACCCUUGUUUGAAUUCUGACCCCCUUCCCCUCUGCCUGGCACUCCUGAUCAGAAGAUGUCCUCUCUGCAUAGGGGAUAUGGCUGGAGAGAGGAGGAAGUGCAAUUCUCCAUAAGCGGCCAGUUGCACUUGGAUUGCACUGGGGUGAUGGGGACAUUGGAUGGACUCUGUACAUAGUGACUGGAGGCUGCAGCGCCACAUCUGUUACACAGACCUGGCUGCAAUGCUCAUAAUCUUGGCCCACUCUUCCUUGAUUUUAAUUUUAUUUUGAGUUUGUUUACCAAGACGAGUGCAAGCAAAAGUCAGGACAGACACAGCUACCUCCAUCGAGAUCCUUUUAAUACAAAAACUGACUGGACUUGUCCUCUGAAACAGCUGGAAAAAAGACAAAAAAAUCUUGAUAAAGUUGAAAAUAAAGGUUUCCUUGUAUUUUA